AUGCUUUGUUUGGGGCCAGCAAAACUCUUUUCAAUCAUCAUCUUAGGAUUAUGGAAUUUUCAAAGCUGUUCAGGACUUCAAUCAUAUAGACAUGAAUUACCAGGAGUGCAAAAUUCUCAUCCUGAUCUUACUCCAGCAUUUGGAAUAGAAGCAUCCAAAAACCCUUCUUCUAGACAAAGUUUUCAGCAAGGUCCAUCUACCUUUGGACAAAAUCAAGAAAUAGGCCAUCAUCAACAUCACUGUGAUGGCAAAGGAGGAUUUGAUCAAGGAAACAUCCAAUUGAUAGAUUUUAACCCUAGAAUGGAAGGUUCGAUGAGAAAGACACCAAAGAACCCACAUCAAAUUACAUCUGGACUUUCUAGUAUGUACACCUCACAACAAGGGCAACACCUUCCACAAAUGGAAUAUAAUGGGUUUGGGAAUUACAGGACAUAUGAAAGCACUUUCAACAAUAUACAUCCUCAAAGAAAUCUAGCCCAUUUUCCAAGCAUUUACCCCACAGGUCAACCCUCUUUAACAGAAGAAGAGAAUACUCAUGUUUACACACCUUAUGAUGUUUUCCCCUCAGGGCCUGAGAGCAUCCAAAUGCAUCUUCAAUCAUAUGAUUCAAACUCCUUCGGCAAUAUUGGCUCAAGUGAACCUGUUGAACAUCUUGAAGCAUCUCAAGAGGAUAUGUUGCUCCAGAGAGAAGUCAUUCCAUUAUAUCAAGAGAUUAGACAGGGAAAUAUGGCAAGCUCAAACAGCAACCCAGGAUCUUUGACAGAGUCCUUUUCUGGCGAUCAACAUGAAACUCUCUUGAGAGGCCCAAUAGAGAAUCUCCAUACAGGCUCAGCUCACAAUGGACCAAUUAUAUAUGCCCAGCCAUACUUGGAUUAUGUACAACAUGGACAUGGCUUACAAGAGGAAAGCUCAACAAACAAUGUCAUUUUUGAUCAUGGAAUACAUCCCCAUGAGAUUGAAAUACCAACAGGAAUUAACUCCAACCAUUAUGUAGAUUAUGAAUCACUUGAACCACGUGAGGAGUCCUGGCUUGAAGAUAUCUGUCCAGAUCUGUAUAGCAGUUCAUACUUAAAGGGCGGCCACUGGCCAGCAGGUUAUAUUCCUAACACAGUAACCAUAGGAAAUAAUGUGAAAUUGAACAGUAAGAAAAACUUAAAAGAUCUUUUGAUUCCCACUGACAAGAAGGAUAUAAAUCAAAAUCCAUCAAAAUCACAUCUUCAAGACACUUCAGUUACAGCAGGACCCCAAGCUGUUGUGUCAAUGGAUGAUUUUACUGCGGCACUCAAUGGCUAUUCUUACAUGAAAAAUCCCACAAAUGGAGAUGAAUCAUAUAUGACAAAUCAGAACACAUUUAGGAUAGAUGAUGAGCUGAAUUUAGAUCAAAGCAAGAGGAAAUGGGCCAACACAAGCGCCAAAUUGUCAAAGAUAUCUAAUAAGAAAAGCAGAAAUAAUCUAAAGGGUGACCUUAAAAAUACAAAUGAAAGCUCAAGUCAUCUUGCUGAAGAUAAUCUUCACACUUCCAAGACAACAAAAACUUCUGGGAGAUAUAGAUCAUCAUCAUUGAUCAAGCAUUUGGAUGGGGAAGAUCAAUACCAUAUACCUACAAUGAAGGAUAACUUUAAGCUGUCCCAAAGUAUUGGAAUAAUGAAUGUGAACAGAUCAUUUACUCUUUGCUAUGAGAUAUUUGAUUGGUUCCAUGACAUAUACAAGAGAAUAAGUGUAAAAUGUAAAGACAAUUCUGAAAUCAAAGCUUUAAGUUAUGCACUGAGGAAUGCAUGUCAUGGGAUUGUGAUGAGUUUUCUUGGUAUUCUCAAAGCGUUUGAGUAUGAUGGAAGUGGGAAGGAUAAACUCCAGGAUCUACUAGAUGAUGGUUGGAGGUACAUGCAAAAUCUUUUUGCUCAUUGGAAGAUUGCAGAACCUCAAGAUUUUGAAUUUGGGAAGCUGACAAGAUUUCAGACAGAGUGUGAUAUUAUGAUCCCUGGUUGGCAGCUAAAAUAUCUGAAAGGCAUCAGAUCUGUGGAUUCAUUACCAUUCACAUUGAUCUGGUAUCUUGCACAUACCUGGUCCAUAAAAGAAGGGAACAAAAGAAUUCCAAAAAACAUCAACUUGGAGAUAUUGAUGGAAGUAUACAAACUUGAUGUUAGUUCAACAGAAGGUGGAUUGUAUUCAAGGAGUGGAAUCAGGAAUGAUGUAUUCUGGGGAGCAGAUCAAUUUUCAAGAAAGUUGCAGCUUGCACUUGGAAGUGCAGAAGAUUUAUCACAAAGGAAGCCUCUACUCAUUUCUGAUGCAGCACAGUUCCACACAGGCAUUGGCAGACAGAUGUGCAAGCAUGUCCACAUCUUUUUUGAAAAGCUGAUCCAUGAUCUAAUAUCUUGUUACAAGGAAAGCAAUCACAAUAGUUUUCAUGAAAGUCUCAAUGAUGUUGCAGCCAAUAUACCUAUCAAAAUACAUUCAUCCAAUAUAAAUUUGAUUGUUCAAGCAGUCAGCUUUGCACAGUACAAGAUCACUGUUUCAUAUAUGGGCGCAAUCAGGAAUUUUUACAAGAAAGAACUAUCUGAGGAACAAAUUAAGGUUUUGCUUAUGGAUGCAUGGGAAUUUCUCAACAAAAUCUAUUCUAGAUGGCUAGAGAUAGAUUUCCAACCCAAAAACCAUCCAGAUCUCUUUCUUUUUGGACAGAUAGACACAUCUGAUUCGAUCAUACUAGACAAUCCUACAUUGAUGUUCAACAUUCACAUACAAGACAGGCAUUAUACACCAAAGAAAGCUGUCCUGAAUCUUUUGAGUUUUUGGAACAAUACCUUAAGAACAAAGAUUCAAGGAUCAGAAGAAUAUUUGGGGUUCCCUGUGGAAUGCAUUCCAUCACAGCAACUCUAUCACAGGGAUCCUUACUGUGUAAUAUGA